AUGAAGUGUUUCUAUUACUUCAAGGAUAAGAGUCGAGUCAAUGGACAAAGAUCAGCCCCUUUGAAAUACCAAAGCAAAUCCUAUACAUCAGAAGCUGAGAGUGUGAUCAAAUCUUCAUCUUCAGCUCCUUCGCCUCGCAGUUUAUCUGAAUUAUAUGAAGAAAAAGCUCAAAACUUGAGAGUUUUUAAGUUCUCUGAGCUUAAACAGGCCACUAGUAACUUCCAUAGAUUACUUAAGAUUGGUGCAGGUGGUUUUGGAUGUGUAUAUAAGGGAACUAUCAAACCCGUUGAUGAAAAGGGCGAUCCUUUUGUAGUUGCCAUCAAAAAACUCAACACAGAUGGCAAUCAGGGUCAUAAAGAAUGGGUAACAGAGGUGAAAUUUCUUGGUGUUGUGGAUCACCCAAAUCUCGUUAAACUCAUUGGAUAUUGUGCCGUGGAUGGUGAGAGAGGUAUCCAGCGGCUACUAGUAUAUGAAUACAUGCUGAACAAAAGUUUGGAAGAUCAUCUUUUCAAUACGUCAUUUCCAACUCUUUCUUGGGAUCAAAGAUUGCAAAUAGUGCUCGGAGCAGCUCAGGGAUUGGCUUAUCUUCACGAGGAAUUAGAAGUCCAGAUUAUAUAUCGGGAUUUCAAGUCAUCAAAUAUUCUAUUGGAUAAGGAUUUCAGGCCAAAGCUUUCAGACUUUGGGCUCGCUCGGGAGGGUCCAGUUGAUGGAAAAACUCACGUUUCUACAGCGGUCGUCGGAACAUAUGGAUAUGCUGCCCCAGAUUAUGUUGAGACGGGACAUCUUACUUCUAAGAGUGAUGUUUGGAGUUUUGGCAUUGUAUUGUACGAAAUCUUGACUGGUAGGCGAUCAGUUGAAAGAGAGAGACCAAGAUCAGAGCAGAAACUGUUAGCUUGGGUGAAACAAUACCCCCCUGACAGUCGGAAAUUUGGCAUGAUAAUGGACUCGAGACUCGAAAAUCAGUAUUCGCUCAGCAAAGCUCGAGAAGUUGCUAAAUUGGCGGAUCAUUGUUUGGUAAAAAGCACAAAGGACCGGCCAAAGAUGAGCCAGGUCGUGGAAAGAUUAAAGCAAAUAGUUCAGCUUUCAGCUGACGAAAGCCCGCCGGCCAAACAUUUCGAGGGCAUUGAAGAUGAACCGAUAGAACAAAAUGCCGUUAAAAAGAUGGGAGUCUCGGAAUCGGCCAAAAGACGAAUGAAACAUUUGGCUAAAAUAAGUGAAAAUAUAGAUGGUGUAAAUAGGAGAAGAUUUAUGAUCAUGCAGGGUGCUAAAGUUAUAUAG